UAAUUUCCAACACCGUGCGUAACAACCGAAGGUUGUUACAAACGGCUUCAAAUGAACAAGUCUCGAGUGCUGCGCCUCGAGAUGCGUUUAUUUGUACUUUCCACUAUUACCUUGGGUCUCUGGAACCUGGAACCAAUAUAUUAUAA